AUGGCGGGAGGCAUCGCCUACAAUGGCGUCGGAAGCUCGUCGGGAGGGACCAUUUUCAAGGACAUGGUCUUUUGGGUCGCGCUAAAAGUGCCUAGGAGGAAUGACAUUAUCAACCUCAUCAAGAGUAACGGAGGCGCCGUCGCGCGCUUGGAGAAGGACGCACACAUGCUCAUUGCGGACCACGCCAGAAGAGACGCUCCCCCGGACUCGUAUUCUUGGACGUACAUUGCGGAUUCAGUAAGGAACGGCACCGCCCAGCUAACCGAUCGCUAUCGCAUUCUGGGCCGCCCGGCAACUUCAGGAUCCCGAGGGAGCGGAAGGACAUCUGCUCCGUUGAAAUCAACAAGGACCCCGUUCUCAGCUGCUGAUGACGCGGCUCUGGCGAACUGGGUCUUGUCCCAUGGUAGCAACCGCUCUGGUAUCCAAAUCUACCAGGAUUUCGCGGAAACUCAUCCGCGGCAUACUUGGCAGUCCUGGCGAACAAGAUACGUCAAACAACUCUCUGGUCUCUCCAACGCUGAUCUGAGGAAGCUAGCCUUGUCGGCAGCAGACAUUGCCAGGCAAACUUCUAGCUCGUCUUGUCCUUCGACCUGUAAUCGAGACAAGCCGGAGAAGGCACAGGCUCGCGACCCCGGAGAGGCGGGAGCUACGCGGGCUUCGUCAACCGACCAACAGACUCGCAGCCCUGAGCGGGCCGCGGCUUGCCCACCACCUACCUCGUCAGCUGUUGCUGGAACCAGGCCUCCCUCUCCAUCAUUACCCAGGAAUCCGCAAAAGCAGGUAGAAGCAGUCCCCCGUCUUGCCGCUCAGAGCGAUGGCGGUCAAGGGGAGGCGGAAUCGGACAUGAGAGGCGAAUUUUAUGACGACCUUUGUGCUUUCAUCGAGGCCACAGGAGCGAAUGUCCAGCUCGAGCCUAGGAUCGAAGACCAGGCUGUCGAUUUAUACCGUCUCGGUCGAGCUGUGAAUUCGCAAAAGGCGUUUGCACAAGAAGUGGAGUGGGAAAAGGUCGCGCAAGAUGUCGGCUUCGACUGGCCGAAUAACCAGCAUGUACUAACCGAGCUGCAAGCGUGCUUCGAGCACAACCUGGCCGACUUUUUCGAGGCAUCAUCCGCCUUUUUCGCCGCGAGCGAUGCCGAAUCGGCUCGCGACGGAGAUGCUGAUACGGAGUCGUCGCAGGACGUGGUUCCCAUAUCAUCUCCAGCUGCACGCGAUCAGAAGAGGCUUUUGGAGGAGCCCGAAAUACUGCCCUCGAUGCGGAGCCCGCAGAACCAGCAGAACCCCUCGAAACGAAGGCGCUUGAGUCACGCGGCUGUGAUUCCUUCCACUCCCGAAGACAGGUUGGCCCUGCCUAGGUCUGAAUCCCCGUGCGGUCAGACAGCGGCACUGCAAAUGAACCGACCACGUAGUGCCGAUCCCAGCCAAGUCGCGCCCUCGGUAGAGGUGCCUGCUGCCAUUGAGGAGAACCGGGGAGACGGCUCGGAAGACGCCGUGUCAGAGACCUCCCCCAAGCCCCCGCCACGCCUCAAGAUUCCCGCCAGAUUGUCCGACGGCAGCCCGCCACCACCAAAGCUUCUUUCCGAGGCCAUCAACACCAGCCCAAUCCCUCUCAACUUGAACAGACCUCGCAGGGCGGAACCUGGCCAACAGCGGGGUUUUUCCGGCGGCACGCCCAAGCCUUCGCAACCAAGCAGGCCGAGCCUACGAGGAAGCGACCGAGGCGCAAAGCGCUCGCUGCCCGCCUCGUUCAGGCCUCGCAGCAAAUCGCCGUCUCCGAAUCAAGCCGCCGCCAAGCAUACCCACGAUGCCGUCGCCCUGCUGCGUCAGUACUUGGCAGCCCGUCCCAACGCGCAUCCCCGCACGAGGUCCUCUUCUACUUUCGAGCUUUCGAGAGACCGUGAUGGUUAG